GUCCGAGGUGAAUUAAUUUAUAGAUCGGGGCAAUAGUUACAGCUCUAGGCCUGCUCUCAACGCCGGGGUGUUAUUCAGCAUUUGGAAAAAAAAUGGCGAUGAAAACUCCAAUACAAACUAUAACGAACCCGCAUAUUCCUUUUGUUGGCACCAUAUUAGGAGGGCUGGUUCCAGGGGAGAUGAUUGUUAUUCAAGGAAGUGUGCCAGCUGAUGCUGACAGGUUCCAGGUGGACUUGACGUGUGGCAGCAGUACGAAGCCACGGGCGGACGUGGCCUUCCACUUCAACCCCCGCUUCAAGAAGAGCUGUAUCGUCUGCAACUCCCUGCUGAGGGAGCGCUGGGGCAGGGAGGAGAUCCUCUACCAGAUGCCCUUCAAGCCGGGCGUACCCUUCGAGAUCAUCAUGCUGCUGCAGAAGGACCUUUACAAGGUGGCAGUAAAUGGCGGCCAUGUGCUGGAGUACAAGCACAGAGUGGACCUGAGGAAGGUGGACACCAUCAACAUCUCAGGGAAGGUCCACAUCCAGACCAUUGGCUUCAUCAUUAACUCAGCACCAGCCCAGCCUGUGGGGAUAGAGAAAAGCCUACAAGUUCAUGGAACGCUGACACAUUCAGGUGACUUGAAUCUUCCAUUCCAAGCUACCCUAGAGAAAGGCUUGGCACCAGGACUAACUGUCGUCAUCAAGGGCCAGGUGAACCUCUACCCAGACAGUUUCUUCGUAAAUCUGUGUGUGGGUGGCACUAAGGACAUAGCGCUGCACCUGAACCCCCGCCUGAAGGCUGGCUCGUUCGUCCGCAACUCCUACCUGUCCGGGGGCUGGGGAGAGGAGGAGACGCACCUCGCUGCCUUCCCUUUCAAAGCAGGGGAGUACUUUGAGAUGAUCAUCCUUUGCGACGCUCAGGAGUUCAAGGUGGCUGUGAACGGGGUGCACCAGCUCUGCUACAGGCACCGCGUGAAGGACCUGUCCCGAGUCACCAGGCUGGAGAUCGCUGGAGACAUCCAGCUGCUUCAUGCCCAGGCGCGAUGAAGACUGACACAACCUUCCUCCUCCUCCUCCUCCUUCCUCCGCUCCACUGCACCCACUAACUGGCCCUCAGGGGAUCCUCAGAAGGGGGUUUGGAGGAGGGCCCAUUCUUCAAACGCGUGCACAUUCACACACCAUUAAGGUGAAAUGACAGUCAAGGCAACUUUUUGAGCAAUGUUGCCAGUCAACAGAUGAAAUAGAUGAAAUAGUUACAAAAUGUUGAUUGGUUUUGAUCCAAUUUAUCUUGAUCAAAAGGUUAUAGUGGUGAACAGAUAGAUGAGCAGACCAAAUAACAUCUUUUAGCAUCAUUGCCCAGACAAAAAAAAUGUGCUCUAAAAGUUGCCCUGUGUGGCAUCACCUUUGUACUUCUUCUAUGCAGCUUCUACGUGCCGUGUGUAAGACAUUCCAAUGUACAGGGCUAUACUACUACAAAGGCUGCUGCUGCUGCUGAUCAGUGAUAACUCUGCAUAGCCCAGGGCAUCGGCCUCUUGAAAGGCAGAAAUUCAGUGUGAAAUGAUCUUUGCCUAUGUUAGGACACGAUAACAAUUUUGUAUGUUUGCUGAGGAGACAAACUUUGAAAAUGACAAAGAUAGUGGGGGUAUCUGAGUUGCUGAGAAUCUAGAAUAGAUUGCAGAUGAAUUGAUCAUUUUACAGUGAAGUUGUCCUUUCAGACCAUGACUUUUCUGCUUCUAACUGCCCGUUUAGAGUGAAAUGAACAAACGUAGUGAUUUAACCAAUUUUGUAGAAUACCUCAUAGUUGUUUUGUCCCUUUGACAAACCAGUAUGAUCUAGGCAUAACCUCUUUCAAACCUGAGCACUUUAAUGUCUCUUUGAUGUCACAACCUCCCUUAAUGAUCUCCUUAUUGUCACAAUAUUUUAAUGUAGACAGCUUACUGCUCAUCAAUAAGUUGCUCAAGUAUUUGUUAACCAUAGAAGGUAUUCCAAUAAGCAGGUUGAAUAAAAUGGUUACCAGCAUGUUUACUCGGUGGGGGUGGUAGCCUGGCCUUCUCACCCAGCUUAUGGUGUGGCAAAGUUAUUAUGAAGAGAACGUUGUCAGAGGCAGAAUCCAAAGUUAUGAAAUAUCAGAUAUAUUUAUACUGAAUAUUACAGGGCAGAGCUGCAACCAAUCAAAUAAUGAAUACCUAGUGAUAUAUGCACAAUGUUUGACUCUCACUGGUGUCCAGGCCGAGAAUCUCUGUCUGAUUGACUUGAAGUCCAAUGAAGCACCACAGGCAAGAUCAAUACGAUAACCAGCCUGAAACAAUAUGGUUUUUCAACUUGACAACCUUACCUACUGUCAGUUAACUGGGGUAGUCAUUGAACAACUUACUUGGAAUACCUUAUAUAUUUUGUGUAGGAUACAGAAAAUGCUUUGAUCCUAACUAGUGCUUGGAGAGUGCAUACUGUAUAGUCCUAAACACUGUGACUGUUUAAUUUGGAGGGCGAUGGUUUCUCCAAAUGCUGUACGUUUGGGGUGUUUAUUAUUGAAGACAUGAAAGGAUUGGAAACAUGAUGUACACGCUUUUGGAGUAGUGACAUUUGACCAUUGUAUUACUUUGUGACAUAGGACUGUAAUUGCAGUUUAUUUGAAACUAGUGACAGAAAUUAGUGACCGGCUAGAACAAAUAAGGGGGGCUAUAGCUUUGUAACGCCAGAUUGGCCACUUUUGUGUGCCUCUGAGGUUGUUUUGAAAAGCACAUGGGGAAGUAGAAGAGCAUGUUUAAGGGAACGGUAACACUUAAGUGCAGGGAUGCAUAAAAAAGCAUUAUAAAGACUUGGUAAAUAAUUAACUAAUGAUGAACAAAACAUUACCAAAUGUGUAUUAUCAACUACGUUUUAUUAAUGCUUUAUAAAAUAUGUACAAUUAAUAUGUUCAAGAUUUUACAAACCUUUUUACUCAUUUACAAAAUAAAUGUUUGAUGAAUAUAAAGUAUUUAAAAAAUCAGAGAAUGCACACACAUCAGUAGCACAGGCGCCAGAAUCACUAUAACUGGUCGGCAACGCUGUUUGAUGCUUCCAGACAACAUGUAAUGGCACAACGUUUCAAACUCCAAGAUGUUUCGGGAGUGUGAAACGUUGUGCCAUUAUUAUUUUUUCUGGGAGCAUCAAACAGUGUUGCGGACCUAUAUUUUACUUUCAAAUAUGAAACAUUACCUUUACCAUUACCAUUUCACACUCAUUUACAAACAUUUGUUCAUUAGUUAAUUACUUAGUUAAUUUUUUAUAAAUCUUUUUAUGCAUCCCUUAUUAUAAAGUCUUACCAAGGGAACAUGGCGGAGCAGCAGUAGGAGCACUGUGGAGCUGAGGCAGGUUGCUCAGUGCUGAGAGUGGCCAACGUCAUGCCGACAAACCAAAGACUUUGGAGGGAAAAGGAAACUGAAGGCAAUAUGAUUUGUACUAGGGAAGUGAUCAUAUUCUGUAUUUAAAUGCGGACAAACUGGCUUUUGAAAGAAGAAAGUAUUGCCUGUGCACUUCCACAGUGGUGGUUUCGGGAAUUAGCACAUAUAUGAAUGAAUAACUACUUAAUCAAUUUUGCCAAUCACUGGCUUAUUGUGAUCAGCAGAUUCAAUGAUGUUUGCUGGGUGAAAUAUGAGACAGGACUUUUACUAAAUAAAUGUUCUGUCUCUUUUUUUGUUUUCUUUCACAUCAUUAAUUGGGUUACCAAAAAAAUCCUCACUUGGAAACCCCUGAAAUUAAAUCCUUUAAUUAAGGUCUAAGACUCCCAGCAUAUUGUUUAACUAUUUUUUUUUACUACAAUGUGGGUGGAAAGAAGUUGAAUGCAAACUAGAGAGUUGUCAACAGACAUUUUUCAUACCCAAGAAAUUAGGUUGCAGUUGUGUUGUGUGCUGAUCAAUGUCAUUAUGUCUCUCAGGUUAAUAUCAAUUGUUGGCUGAAAGUAUGAAAAUGGGAGUGAAGGGAGAUUGGGGUCCGUGUUAAAAUUAGAUUCAAAAAAUAUAAUUUUCGCAAACAGUAGUGGUGGUCUAUAUUUGUAUAAUAGUAUCUGUGGUGAAAUGAAGGCACUUUUUAUGUACUUCCCUAUGU